AUUAUAUAAUAAUUAUUUUAAAUAUUAAAAAAUUCAAACAUGUUUAUUAAUAUUAUUUUUAAAUUAUUUAUCGUUGUUUAAAGAAUAAAUUUAUCAUAAUUUUAAAAUAAUUUACAGAAUGUUAUAAAUUAUUAAUAAAAUUAAAUUUACUUUAUAUUGAAUAUUUGUUUAUUGUUAAAUAUUUUUUAGAAUUUCUUUUUGAUUUAUUUUUUCCAUCGACACUACUAAAAAGGAAAGCCCUCUAAAUACUUACCUUAUUUUGUAAUUUCGAUAUAUCAUUUAAUUCAUUGAUCCCACUAUAAUAGGAAAGUACCAUUGAAUACUAAUUGCAAGGGAAAACAUAAUUUAAUGACCAAUUAACAUCACUUUCCAAAUGACUUACAUAAUAUUAUUAAUAACUAUUUAUGGUAACUAAUUGUCGAAAGUAUGGUAUAUAAAUCCAUUUCAUUAAUUCAAAUAAAUAUUUUGGAUUCCAAAUGACUUACAUAAUAUUAUUAAUAACUAUUUAUGGUAACUAAUUGUCGAAAGUAUGGUAUAUAAAGUUAUUUUAUCAAUUCAAGUAAAUAUUUUGGUUUAUUAUUUUAUGUAGUCUAUAGAUAUAUUAGAAUAUAAAGUCAUUUUAUCAAAUCAAAUAAUUUAUUUUAAUUCAUCGAUCCCCUAUAAAAGGAAAGUAACAUUGAAUACUGAUUGAAAAGGAAAAAAUAAUUUAAUCCCUCUAUUAACAUUACUUGCGCAACAAUAUUAGUUAAUACAUGUAAUAAUUAGUUUCCUUAUUACAAAUGGAAAGAAUUCUCUUGAUUUUGUUGAUUGAUUUUUUAGAAUUUCUUUUUUGAUUUAUUUUAAUCAUCGACACUACUAAAAAUGAAAUCACUUUAAUACUUAACUUUUGUGUUUUCUCGAUUCAAAGAAUAUCUUUUUGCGAUCAUUUCUCUGUUUAAUUCAUUAAAUACUCACUAAAUAUUUUAGAUGUUAGAGAAACGAAAUUAAUUGACAAGAUAUUUUCUCUCCUAAAAUCAUGCAUUUAAAACUUAAUAUUUAUGGUGAGACUUGUCAACCAAAAUUCUGGUGCAAUCUAUUAACAAGAUAUUCCAAAAAUAAUAUUACCUUAUAAGUAUAAGAUUUAUUGAGAAUUUAUUAAAGAAUAUUCUACUUCUUAGCUUAUCAUGCAAGCUAAAUCAAUGAGAAACGUCUACCAAUUUACUAUAAAUAAGACAUUCACAGUAGAAGAAACGAAAUAAUUGAACUUUGUAUUCUGAACUUUUAAUGUUAAUAAUGUUCUGAACUUUUUUUUCUUCUUAUUUUAGAAUAUUAAGCUUUUAUAUUUCAUGAGAGCUGAUUUUUCUUUUGGUUUAUAUGCAGAUACCCUAUUAUGACGAUUUCUCCACUGAAGCUAUAUAUGAUUUGAUUGUACACCUCUUUGAUAUAUCAUUUCGAUAUCAUCUUUGUUCCUCAAUCUGAGAUGAUUUGAGAGAAGUGGUCAUAUUUCAGACCUCUAAGAGUUCACCAUUCCGAUCCUGCAAAAGAUGUGCACUUAGAAUGGUAUUUUCUCUACUGUACAUCAGAAUUGGAUAAUCAAUUAUAUUUUUAAAAUAUCUAUAGUAGGAUGGUAUUUUCUCUACUGAAAUAAUAUCUUAUUUCCUAAUCUCAUGCUUUAAUAUUUAAACUUUAAGGACAAGAUUUGUUAAUUAAAUCAUUAGUGUAAACUACUCCCGAGAUAUUCUCUUUUUUAUAUUUAAAAUGUAAUUUUAGUAACAAUAUAUUCCAUAAAUAAUCCUAACUUAUAGGUAGAUACAUUUUUAAAAUUAAUUUGAGAACAUUCUAUUACAUAGUUUAUUGUGAAAGCUAAAUAUUUUAGUAAAGUCUAGCAUUUUACUUAUCUUUUGUGUUUUCUUGAUUCAAAUAACUUCUUUUUGAGAUCAUUUCUCUGUUUAAUUCAUUAAAUACUCACUAAAUAUUUUAGAUGUCAGAGAAACAAAAUUAAUUGACAAGAUAUUUUCUCUCCUAAAAUCAUGCAUUUAAAACUUAAUAUUUAUGGUGAGACUUGUCAACCAAAAUUCUGGUGCAAUCUAUUCACGAGAUGUUCUCAUUUAGCUUUAUUAACAAGAUAUUCCAAAAAUAAUAUUACCUUAUAAGUAUAAGAUUUAUUGAGAAUUUAUUAAAGAAUAUUCUACUUCUUAGCUUAUCAUGUUUUUAUCAAAAGAAAACGUCAGUAGAUCAAAUUAAUUUUUACAUGUUCUUUCAGGCUUGAGUUUAUCAGAAGAUCAAAUUAAGAGUUUAUCUUUGGCAGAGAUUGAAUCAAUCAUGCGUUUGAACGGAAGCUCAUUUACAUUGUUUAAGUUUUGAAACGUGUUAUCAAUAGUAUACUCUUCUAUUGGUUAAGAUGUGGCUUUUGUUAGAUUUUCUAUUAAUUAAUUUUUUUUGUUUUACUUUUGUGGAAUUCGCGAUAUUGUAAUGUUGUAAAUCAAUAAUAAAGACAUUUUUCUCACUAUUAAUAGGUGAGAGAGAGAGGGAGGGAGAGAGGGAGAGGGAGGGACGGAGAGAGAGAGGGAGGGGAGAGAGAGUGGGAGAGAGGGAGAGAGAGGAGAGAGGGAGAGAGAGGGAGAGAGAGGGAGAGAGAGAGAGAUUAGUGUUUACGGUAUAUCCAAAAGUUUUGAGUUUAUUGUUUAAGAUUUAUCCGGUAAAGCCAAAGGGUUAGAGUAUACUCAAGGGUUUAAGGUUUACCAAGAGUUUAGAGUUUAAAAAUUAAUGAAUGUAAUUUGUAUAUUUUACAAUAAAAAAUAAAAAUUAACAGCAAAGUAGAAUGCAUUAUAUUUUGAAUUAAAUAAUGUUAAAAAGAUUUAUAGUUUUCAACCACAAAUAAUGAAUCAUAACUAUGUGAUUAUUAUACAUAUAAUAUAUAUUAUGCAUAUACAUGUCAUUGUAUGUAAAAAUUAACUAACCAUGUAAAAUUAAACUAAUCAUAAUAUUAAUAUCCGCAUAUGCGAUAAAAUAUCCGCAUAUGCGAUAAAAUAUCCGCAUAUGCGAUACAAUAUCCGCAGUCACUCCAUAGAGAGCUGGAUAUUUAAUCGCCGAGUUAAUAGUAAUAGUUUUGAUAAGCUGACAGAGUCUGAUUCGAAAAUCACCGACUGCAAUUCGUAUCUUCUUUCUGCUCAACCCAUUUCUAACAUUAUUUAUUCCAUAUUUAUUACAUAUUUUGAACUUUUUAUUCCAUAUUUUGAAAUUUUUAUGUCCUUAAUUACAUUCUGAAAUGGUAAAAGAGGGUUUCAAUGGGAAUGUAGUGAUAAUAUAAAAUAUGUUACCUAUGAAACUAUACACUAUUUAUUCCAGAUUUUGAAAAUAAAAUAUUUUCUUAAACAUACAAAUUAUUUUGGAACGUUGCAAUUAUACGUACACACAAUAAAUACCUCUAGAUACUGAAGUUACUUUGUUCCAUCUCGUCCAUGUAAAAUAUUGAGUACCAACAUUUUUUUGUACCUGAUGCUUUCUCCCAAAGGCGGUAAUAUUAUGAUAUAAAAUUCGUUACUUAUAAAACUAUGUACUACUUAGUUAAUAAUUUGAAUAUGUUUAUGUCCGUACAGAGUGCGGACCGGCCACCUAGUCUACUUUAAACUCUUUUAUCAUUAGGCCAAGAUCACUUAGUUAGAAACUCAAAGUUAUAUGCCACGCACCCUAGUUUUAAAGGGCAACAAAAAAAAACUUUUAUAACAGAAGGACAACAAUUGCUUUCUCCAUAAAUUGUUUCGAUAUGAUAUCUUCAAUGUUUAGUCUAUAUAUAAUGCUUGUUUAUAUGAUUAUAUCUAUGCAAUAUCUCGUAUAUUAAUGAUAUUUAUUUGAUAUUUAUUCCAUUUCGAUUUCGAAUCAUUUUAAUUAAUUUCUGCUAUUAUAAAUAAUGUAAUUCAUGUUUAUGGAAUAAGAAAAAUCCAUGUGUAGCAUACCCAGAAAUAAUGCUAGUUCCUGUCCUUAAAUUAAAGAAAUGGCCCAUUGGGAGGUCAAACCACCAUCUCAUCUUUGUCAUUUCACACAAGUCAACCCUAGUAAUUUACUCUAAACCAACAUUUUAAAAAUUAAAAAUCACUAAUCAAGUAAUUAACCCAUCUUCCCUUUAUAUAUAUAUAUAAACUCAUCAUCACCACCUUCAACCUCCACACACAUCUCCAAAGAAACUCUCCAUCAGACACAAUGGAAGACGACGGUUAUUACCUCGAAACCGAUCUCGAUUUCAGCUUCACCUCCACCGCCACAGACCGGACCUUCACCUCCUCAAGCGCUCGCUCCAGUCUCGCUCGUUCAAGCCUCACCUUAAGCUUCAACGACAGACUCUCCACUGCUACAACACCUUCCACCACCACUUCCGCCGCCGCGACAACGCUCCACCACCGUCGCCAAGAUCCUCACUGGACAGCAAUCAGAGCCGCGACAACGCUCUCCUCCGAUGGACGUCUCCAUCUCCGCCACCUAAAACUCGUCCGCCUCCUCGGAACCGGAAACCUGGGCCGUGUAUUCCUCUGCCACCUCCGUGACUGCCCAACCCCCACGGCAUUCGCGCUUAAAGUCAUCGACCGUGAUACUCUCACGGCGAAGAAGCUUUCGCACGUGCAAACGGAGGCGGAGAUCCUCUCCAUGCUAGACCACCCGUUCUUGCCUACACUCUACGCACGUAUCGACGCUUCUCACUACACUUGUCUCCUCAUUGAUUACUGUCCCAACGGAGACUUACAUUCCUUGCUACGUAAGCAACCUGGUAACCGGUUACCGGUUUCAUCGGUUAGAUUCUUCGCCGCCGAAGUACUCGUCGCCUUAGAGUAUCUCCACGCUCUCGGUAUCGUGUACCGAGAUCUCAAACCGGAGAACAUCUUGAUCCGUGAAGACGGACACAUCAUGCUCUCAGAUUUCGAUCUCUGCUUCAAAGCCGACGUCGUUCCCACUUUCCGAUCUCGACGUUUCCGGAGAGUUUCGACUCCGCCGUCGUCUCCGAGAAGGUUGAGGAGGAGUCGACGCGGCGGUUGCUGCUUCUCCACGGAGGUAGAGUACGAGAGAGAGGAGAUAGUGGCUGAGUUCGCGGCGGAGCCAGUGACGGCGUUUUCUAAGUCGUGCGUUGGAACUCACGAGUAUCUAGCGCCGGAGCUCGUCGCCGGAAACGGACACGGAAGCGGCGUAGACUGGUGGGCGUUUGGGAUAUUUCUCCACGAGAUGUUACAUGGAACAACGCCGUUUAAAGGUGCGACCAAAGAACAAACCCUGCGCAAGAUAGCGUCGAGUGAUGACGUGGCGUUUCCGUUGGAGUUGGAGGAAGAGGGAAUAAGAGAAGCGAAGGAUUUGAUUCAGAAGCUGUUGGUGAAGGAUCCAAUGAAGAGACUAGGUUGCGCCAGGGGUGCGCAGGAUAUCAAAAGGCAUCCGUUUUUCGAAGGGAUCAAGUGGCCGUUGAUUAGAAACUAUAAGCCGCCGGAGAUUCGAGGUCUGGUGAAGAAGUCGACGAAGGCACAUGCUUGUCACGUGACUGCUGUGUCAUCGCCACGUAGGAGGAAGUGGUUGUGGUGGGCCUUAUCGAAUUUACUGCGAAGUAAAAGCUUGAAAGGGAGUAACAGUAAGAUCCAGAGCAACAAUAAUUACUAUCAUUAUGUGGGUAAAAGCUAUAACGCGAGUCGCAAACGCGUUUAAGGCGUUUCCCUUUUCAAAAAUCUCAUAGGUAGAAAAGCGUGGAUGGAGGAGCUAUACAAUGGAGAGCGCAAAUUAGCAAGCCUGAUCAUUUUGGAUUUACACAAUUGUAGCUUAUUGAUUAUGAAGUUCGUACAAAGAAGUUUUAGAAACCAAUUGGCUUUCUAUUUAUGUUUUGUAUUGACACAACUGUAGCUCAUUGUUUAUGAAACUCAUACAAGAAGUUUUAAAAACCAAUUGCCUUUCGAUUUAUGAUUUGUCCCUAAUGUUUGUCUUGCACAAUUUUAACCCAUAAGUAAAGCAAAAACUCAAAGGCUUUAUUAAUCCAUUAGCCCAUUAUGAACACUACACUACAUCUUCACAAUACAAAACAAUUUCUUAGAGCUUAUUUUAGAUUCAAAAGCACAAUAAUUUUUAUUUUUAUCAUUUUGUAACACAAAAUACUAUUUCACCUUCGUUAUUUUAGUUGUGCAGCUAUUAAAAGUUUUUUAAAAUUAUUAUUGAAUCCAAUAAAUUAAGAUAAUGCAGAUAAUUUGAGAAAACAAUUACAUAUGAAUAAAAUAUUAACUCCAUACUAUGCAUGAGAAUAUUUUUUAUUACAAAAGACCAAAUUUCAGUUAUAUAUAACUAAAAUUACAUGACUAUUGUAACUUUGAUUUUAGAGAAAAACUAGAGUUUGACCCGUGCAUCCGUACGGGUGUUUAGUUUAGUAAAAUAGACAUAUAUAUUUUUUUACAAUACAAAAUAUAAUAGUUGUACAAACAUACAUUCAUAUGGGUAUUUAUUCGAUUUGUAAUUGUGAUAAAUUGACUAUUUUUACUGUGUGUAAUUUGUUGAUUCUCAUAUUAUGGUAGAAUACAAAACAAAUAAAAAAUAUAUUAUAUAAUAUAUUUGUCGAUUUAUAUUUUUGACUACAGUAACCAUUUUGAUGUAUUUAUUUCUAAAUUAGAGUACCAAUUAUUAUGUUUAUAUAUAUUAAUAAAUCUAUAUUUUAAAAAUUAAAUGUAUCAUGUUUUAGUAACAUAGAUAUAUAUGUCUCUAAUUUUUUUUAUAUGCCAAAUAAAUUUCUCUUUUACUUUCAUUUUUGAGAAAAUAUUAAAUUGAAAUUUAUUUGUUGUAUUCUUAUAAUUAAAUUUAUAUGUGUGAAUUGUAUUAAUCAUCAAAUUAUUUAAUAUAUAUUUUCAAAAUAACUUUAUAUAUUUUAAUAAAAAUAUCUAUAGUUUAUAUUUUGCAUGUGAAAUAAAAUAAUUAUAUAUAUGAAUAUAUCUAUAACAUUUAAAGUUUGUAGAUACAUUUUAAAUAAUUUUUUUUAGUUUUAUUGUAAAAUUUGGUUACAGAAUAAUCCGGUUAGAAAAUAAUCGUAAGUUUCGUACGUUUGGUUAGAAAAGAAUUUAACAAAAUAAAUGAUUUGUAGUUAAUCAAUUAAGUGUGAAGUUUGGAUAGCAAAAAAUCUAACAAAAUAAAUGAUUUGUUGUCAAUUAAUUAAUAAUUAUUAAUUAGGUAGCGCAUGUAGUUAUUAGAAUGAAAAAAAAAUUUCUAAUACUUACUUCACUUUUAAUAAUAUAAAUAUAUUAAAAUAGAUAUUUUGAUUAUAUUGAAUAUAUGGAGAGCGUAAAAAAGAUAUAAUAUUCAUUGAACAAAUGGACGAUGUUUGUAUAUGUUUUCUUAGUGUUCAUAUGUUGAUCUCGUGUGGUUAAAAUGAUUUUUUCACUUAUUACGUCAUUUUUUUUUACACUAUAGUAUAAAUAUAUAUAAAAAUUGGAUUGUAAAUUACAACUGAUUCAUGAUAUGAUUAUUAAAGUACAAACUAAUUAAUCAUCUUCUUCGUGAAAAAAAUUGUCUCAACUGAUUCAUGUUUUGAUAUUCCUUAUUGUUUAGAUUUGCUUAAAUUAUUGUUGCCAUGUUUUUAGUUAAAAAUCAAUUUAGUAAAAUGCAUUAAUAAAACAGGAAAGACAAAGAAUAUCGUUUGUUAGGUUUUAGAUGAAUAUACAUAAAUAAAUCAGUAACACACAUUUAUCAUUUGAUUAACCACAAACAUAUAAAACUAAGUUGUUUUUUCUUUUCAAAAAAAAUUGCAAUGAUCUUAAUUAAUUCGCUAAACGCAAAAAUUAGUUUGAAGCUUUUCACUUCUUUAUGUUUCUUUCUUCAGGUCUUUUCUUUUUUUUCUCUUUCUUAACUUCCAACAUAUAGUAUUUUUGGUCUUGUCACAUUCAGUAUUCCAACUGCAAACAAAAUUUUCUUUACAAAUCCAAUCCAAUUAAACAAUAAAAAAACAACAUGUAA